AUGUCAAACCACACGCACCCCCUUCCCAACCCUUCAACCCCUGGGAGCACACGGAGCGCCCCUCGCAGUCCCCAUGUCAUGAGGUUCCGUAUCUCUGAAGCGGACGAUCAGAUCCAUGCACUCGAAGAAGAGCUGAUCACUGCGAGAGAAGCAAUUCGAUCAAAAAAUGAAGAGAUCGCAGCCUUGAAUGAACAGGUUGACGCGCUACAUCGCCAAGUCGAGGCAUUGCAGGCUCGUGCGAGCAGACAAGAAAUCACCAUCAGAAACCAAUCGAGGACUAUUCAGGAUCCCAGAUCGUUGCGUUCUCGUCGUCUCUCAGUAGAGGCCACACCACCGCAGCCACCGGGUCUACCAACCGUGCAGUCUCCUCAGCCUUAUUACAUGAGUUUUCGGGACUAUCCCAGUUAUCCCACCCCCUCGCCAUUCAUGGCUCAGCAGCAAUCACUCAGGGGCUCUCCUCAUAUGCAGGAUCUCUCUGUUCAAGUACAACAACCGCCCCAACAGAUGCCAAUGGCUCCGUCUCUGUUCACUCAGACGACCAGACGCUCUCCAUGGUCUGGUAAUCCGCCACAACUCCAGCAGCUCUCCCAUCGCGGCACGUUUCGUUUCCCAGCCAAUGGCACCUAUGCAGGGGCUAAUCGGCCUGACUUGGACGGGACUGGUGCAGGAGAGCGGCUCCAGGGCCUGUUUAUGCCGAUGGCUCAGCUGCGGGAGCCAAAUCUACAAACGAUCAACGCCCAGCGUCCUCUGCACGAGGCAAUCACGAACGCAGAUGAGCAAGCCAUGAUUGCAGCUAGUUUGAGACAAGAUCCGUCGUAUGCUGGCAUCGAGUUCGAAAAGAAUGCUGCUAACUUUGCGGGCCACUUUCGGGCACUAUGGAUCAAGUCAGACCAGUUUGCAAAGAGUCAUGCACUUGGCGGGGACGUGACUAUUCUUCCUGAGCAGCUGACGUCACGUUUGAAGGACUACAUGAUGGUUCACCCCAGCACGGAUAUAGCCACUAGGUUUUUAAACAGCCCAGCGAUGAAGCAGCUCUAUGUGUCAAAGGUGGUCAACUUUUAUCUGUGCAAACAGAUUCUGAAGUACACAGAAGUUGUCCGGGGCUGUGACCCGUCUGUUGAUAGUGAAAUCAUGGGCCAUAAAAAGAGGACCACUCAUGAGAUGGCACCUGCGACUAAGCAUUUUGUCUUGAGCGCAAUCUCCAAAUGCGUGGUCCGCGCCACGGAGAAGCCUGACUUUCAGAACUUCUGUCGUCGCUAUCAAGAAAGCCACACCGACACCCUAAAGGCAUUGCUUGAACCUCUGUUGUCCUCUGGAGGAACGAGUGUUGCGGUACAAAAGUCGCUCGAGGAAAUUGUCGGCGAUGCUCACAAACUCGGGUUAGAACUCUACUCCAUGCCGUACGACGCUAGGUGCCACUUCCCAGAAAUCGACGAAAUGUACGACCCUACCGUAAUGAUGAACAUGGACAAUGAUUUUGACAUGGCUCUCGUCAACAAUGCAAAGGUCAAGAUGUCAGUAACACCCGUUAUUCGCCUUGGUCAGAACGAGUUCCAGCCAGUACGAGUUCGCAAUGUGAGCUUAGCAAAAGUGUUCACAGGUCUGCCCGGCAGCAAGGAGGAUAAGGCAACUGGCCGUACUCCUGGACGGGGUGCAAGGCGUUGA